AUGGUGCUCUGGGGUCUGGUGCUGGGAGCUCUGAUGGUGGCCACUGUGGGAUACCUGUGCCUGAAGGAGCUGCUCCGGCAACAAAGACCCAAGGAGCCCCCUCUGGAUAAGGGCUCCGUGCCCUGGCUGGGCCAUGCUAUGGCUUUCCGGAAGAAUAUGUUUGAAUUUCUGAAGCACAUGAGGGCUAAACAUGGGGACAUAUUCACGGUGCAGCUAGGGGGCCAGUACUUCACCUUUGUCAUGGACCCUCUCUCCUUUGGCCCCAUCCUCAAGGACACGCAAAGAAGACUAGACUUUGUGGAGUAUGCGGAAAACCUGGUGCUAAAGGUAUUUGGAUACCGCUCCAUGCGGGGAGACUACCAGAUGAUACACUCAGCCAGCACCAAGCACCUCAUGGGGGAUGGCUUGGAGGAGCUCAACAAAGCCAUGCUGGACAGCCUGUCCUUGGUUAUGCUGGGGCCCACGGGCCCCAGUCUGGAUGCCAGUAGCUGGCGUGAGGAUGGCCUCUUUCACUUCUGCUACAACAUCUUGUUCAAGGCCGGCUACCUGAGCUUGUUCGGCUACACAAAGGACAAGGAACAGGACCUGCUACAGGCAGAGGAAUUAUUCGUGCAGUUCCGCAAGUUCGACCGCCUGUUCCCCAGGUUUGUCUACUCCCUACUGGGACCCCGGGAGUGGCUGGAAGUAGGCCGGCUCCAGCGUCUCUUCCAUAAGACGCUCUCUGUGGAACACAACAUGGAGAAGUACGGCAUAAGCAACUGGAUCACCUAUAUGCUUCAGUUUCUGAGGGAGCAGGGAGUCGCCCCUGCCAUGCAGGACAAGUUCAACUUCAUGAUGCUCUGGGCCUCCCAGGGUAACACAGGGCCUACCUCUUUCUGGGCCCUCUUGUUCCUCCUGAAGCAUCCAGAAGCCAUGCGGGCUGUGAGGGAGGAGGCCACCCGGGUCCUGGGAGAGGCCAGGCUGGAGGCCAAGCUGUCCCUCAACUUUGAUGUCGGUGCCCUGCAGCGCAUGACGGUGCUGGACAGCGUGAUGGAGGAGACACUGCGGCUGGGGGCCGCGCCGACCCUCCUCAGGGUGGUGAAAAAUGACCACAGCCUGAAGAUGGCCAGUGGGCAGGAGUACCUGCUCCGCAAUGGAGACAUCCUGGCCCUCUUCCCUUAUCUCUCAGUGCACAUGGACCCCGAAAUCCACUCGGAGCCCACCACCUUCAAGUACGAUCGCUUCCUCACCCCCAGCGGCAGCCGAAAGGUAGACUUCUACAAGGCAGGCAAGAAGAUCCACCACUACACCAUGCCAUGGGGCUCGGGCGUCUCCAUCUGCCCCGGGAGGUUCUUGGCCCUCAGCGAGAUGAAGCUCUUUGUCCUGCUCAUGGUCACACAAUUUGACCUGGAGCUGGUGGACCCUGACACACCCGUGCCACCCGUGGACCCCCAGCGCUGGGGCUUUGGCACCACACAGCCCAGCCACGAGGUGCGAUUCCGCUACCGCCUGCGCCUGGGGAGUGAGCUCUGCCCAGAUGGCUGCAAGCCUGGCUAG